AUGAACAACACAUCACAAGCAGCAGAGUUCAGUUUUCAUCCGGCAUUUGUUCUUACUUGCGCGAUUUUUUACGUGGUCAUCAUCACGACUUCGGUGCUCGGAAACCUGCUUGUUUGCACGGCAAUCUGUUUCAACAAAAGCCUCCGUUCCUCGCCUACGAUGACCUUCAUCUUCUCACUGGCUUGUUCCGAUCUUCUAACCGCGUGCCUUGCCAUGCCGUUCGACGUAGAAAGCUUACUUGUGGGAGGCGUAUGGAAACACACUGAGCUUUUGUGCAUAGCAUGGACAACAGCGUACCUGUUCAGCGUACCAACCUCCAUGCUGACUCUCGUGGUCCUUACAGUUGAUCGCUACAAGGCUCUGAGUGAUCCUUUAAGGCGUUUCCGCAAAAGAGGGUUUCUAUCUCUGAAGCGUUCUCGAGUCGUUGUGGUCUUCCUGUGGUGUUACUGUCUUGCCUUUUCGUUAAUUCCUAUUAUGGGCUGGCGGUAUUAUCCCUCCCAUGUCAUUAACGGCAACUGCUACUUCAAUAUUACACCAGAGUACUCCGCUCUUACUACGGUUAUCCAUUUUGUUUUACCUAUAUUCAUAAUCAGCGGGAUCUAUUUAAAGAUAUAUCGCAUAGCACAGAACGUUAAAGGUUGUCAGGAUUUUACGAAAGCUUCUGUCUCCUCACCAAGUCACAUAGUUCGACACCCAGCACCGAGUGAGCACGGGAACUUUCAGAGAAAUCUCAAGGCGACGAAGACCAUUGCUUUGAUAAUCUGUACGCUGUUUUUCUGCUGGUUUCCUUUCUGUGCUGCGAGUUUCACUCUAAGUCUUUGCAAGCAGUGCUAUUUUAACUCGCCACCAGAAUUGCUAAUCGCGCUAUUAAUCCUGGGAUAUCUGAACUCCGCGCUUAGCCCCUUUAUAUACUCGCUACGGAACCGGAGGAUCAGGGAAACAUACCACAACCUUUACCUGUCAAUCAUAAAAUUCGGUCUGAGAGGCGCAGAGCACCGAUCGAGGUUAGGAUCGUCAUCGUCCCAGAGAAGCACGUCAUCUAUAAUAUUUAGUAGAGGACGUCAUGUGAGCACCUCUGGAUACGAAAAUAGUGUGAGGCUGACAUCUUACAACGUUUCGAUAAAGUUGCCAUGA